GUUCAUCCUUCAUCCCCAGUCGCAAAGUUCAAGGGCCAACUCCACCACCCAUGUAGAUCCUUUACAAACGCAUAAAAAAGAGACAAAAAAAAGAAAUGGGAAUAGGAAUAAAGGACUUCUAGGCAGCCGCAGGUCCAGUGAGCUUCGUCCCUCUCUCGACCGGCCGGUACUAGGUAGGCUUAGGAGCCGGAGGUUAAGGCUGUAUCAGAACGACCAAAGAAGAAGGAAGACGUAUCAUGCAUCAUGACCGACGCCAACCUACCCUCGCUCCUCUUUUUGGGCCCUGUCUUCCGGACUCCAGCGCACAGCGUCUUCGAUGGCAGUGUUAGUCCACACCAGACUCGACAAAUCAGACGUCAGCGUGCAGAGUUGGUAUGCAUAAUGCAAUGCCCUCUCGCUCGUUGUCGCUUGACUAAGAAACCAGCGGACCAUGGUUCUGAAGAGGCAGCCGUGUUGAAUGAAGGACAUGAAAUAAAGUCAUUUGGAGAUGAUAUUUGGAAACGUUGCGUUGACCCGGAUGGGAAGACGGAUGCGGGCAUGAGUCAUUACAUAGUCGUUUUUGAUUCACUCGACCCACCUCCUGGCACCGGCAGGCCUCCCAAGCAAAACCAUGACGAAUGUACGCCGCGCAUCCACAUUAGGCAGUCGGUGAAGCAUCCCUUCAUUCGCACGAUCCCGGUCGUUCCCAGAUCACCUUUUUCUCAGGUGCCUCCGAAGGUCAUCGAUCCACAUCGCUUCGCCUCCGCAUUACCAACCAUCUGUAACGAACGGCCGAAAGCACACGUCAGCCGUCCGUGUCCACUUAUAUAGGCUGAAACCAGUCUUACCCAACUUAUCGAUCACCCAUGUCUCGCAUUAUUCUCGUUACUGGUGCCAACACUGGAAUCGGCUACGACACGGUCAGAGUCCUAGCCUCCAAGCCAGAGAAACACACCGUAUAUCUUGCUUCCAGGAACGAAAAGUCCGGAAAAGAUGCCCAAGCCAAACUCCAAUCUGAACACAACCUUCACAAUGUCAAAUUCGUGCAGCUCGACAUCACAGACAUCGAAUCUGUGCAGAAAGCCAAAGCCAUCAUCGAGAAAGACGAAGGUGGCUUGCUAGACGUUCUCGUUCACAACGCCGGAGUCGGCAACUUGGACCAAAACCAAGUCGCCUCCACCGUCGAUCUAUCUGUUAUCCGAAGUGCUAUGGAAACCAACCUCUAUGGCACGAUCCAAACAACACAGACUUUCCUUCCUCUUUUACGGGCUGCCGCUGCUGCCGGUAAUCGACCUAAACCCGUCAUCCUCCUAAAUACCACCGACAUGUCCUCGAAUACUGUCCAGGCUCGACCCGACGCGUUCCUCCACGUUACUGCCUACAACACCUCUAAGGCCGCCGCCAACUCUUACAUGAUCGCCUUAUCCCACGAGUUGCGAGGCGAAGGGAUUUUGGUCAAUUGUAUUACGCCGGGCUUCACAUCUACCAAGUUGAAUAAUUACGGGCAAGGUGGAGGGUCGACAUCGGAGGCGGGUGAGUUGCUUGCGAAGUGGUCGUUGUUGGAGGGUGAGUUGAAGGGAAAGACUGGUUUGUUUUGGUCCUAUAAAGGAGAAUUCGCUUGGUAGAAUAGCUCUAUUUUGAAAGUAUCCCAAUGUUUCAUCAUUGUCAUAGACAGAGGUACGCUGCAGGAUGACAUCGAUAGAAAUCCGAG